ACGACUAUUCGCUUAUUCUAUCUUCAUUCCUCCUUAUAUCUUCAAUAUAUCUUCAAUCUCUAAGGAAGAAUUUUUUUUUUUUCAAAUUCCAUUUCUCUGGUUCCUCUACUUAGGGUGGAUCAUCCAAUUGAAUUGUGUUUGCUCUAGUAUCUGCUUCAGAAGAUUGCAACUACUUUGCAUGGGUUCGUUGUUGCUUCAGGGGUUCAUGGCUAGUUUACUGGUGCUUCACAGUGACAACUGCUUCACUGGUUUUGUUUUUCGCUCAGUUUAUAGUGGUUUCACGAGUUCACGGGGUAGUGCUUCUCUAGUUUGCUGGUGCUUCACGGGGGGCAACUGCUUCGCUGAUUUUGUUGCUUCGUAAGUUGGUAGAUUUUUCAUAUGUUUGUCCCUUUCUUCUUUCUCUCUUAUAUAAUUGGAUAGAGUCAACAAUUCAUUGAAAACAAAUUAAUAGCAGUAGUGAUAGUGAAUAAAAUCUUACUAGCAUAUUAUAAGCAAGCUAAUUUAUUAAUUAUAUAUGGUUUGUCACCAUUAUGCAUCAAAGCAAUUACUCAUGAAAUGUUGUGCAUGGAUGCCUCACAAUUUCAUGAGUGUUUACAAAGUUAGGGGAUGACUGGUAUGUAUGUAAAUAGCAGAAGGCUUAUGCUAUCUUCAUUAUGAUUGCAAACCUCAAAUCAUUCAUCGUGACAUAAAUUCUAACAUAUUACUUGAUGAGGUGUUUCAUGCUUAUGUUUGAGACUUUGGCUUGGCAAAGUCGAUUGAUUUUUCUUUCUCAAAAUCUAUGUCUGUUGUGGCUGGUUCCUAUGGCUACAUUGCCUCAGGUAAGAAAAUGUUCAUUACACAUAGGUGCAGUAAUUAUUGCAAUUUUACUUGUCAAAGUACUUGAGUCCCAUUUUAAUCUUUUGUUGUAAUUUACUUCAUGAUAUUGGUUUUAUUCAGAUAUGACAAUGCUUUGAAGGGAGAAACAUUAUUAAAAUGCAGGACACAUAAAGUUUCUUUUGACUAACAAUCGUAAAAGUUUCUUUGAAUAGAUAAUACACCUUUUAAAAAAGUUCAAAUGCAAUUAGUAUGGUUAUUACUUUGCAUUACAUGACUUGAUUUAGACAUUGAGCUCAUCAAUUUUCAGAAGCCCAUAAUUCCCAUUGAUUUAUACCGAGGCAUUGGUGAUUCACAACUUAUAGGUUUGUCAGUUACUCAAGAGAGGUGCUCCUCAAACACAAUCUUAACCUAAGGUCUUUCCUGUCUUUGUAAUUGGUGUUGGGCUUAGCACAUUUGACAAAGCAUCCCUUAGCAUUUUUAAUUUCUAAUUUUGAACUUUGGGGCACUAUCUAUUUCUUCAACUUAAAAGCCUCUGUUCUUAUCUCUUCUAACACUAUUUUGCAUGCUUGCAUAAUUGCAGGUCCAUUAUUAUGUGCAAUCUCAUAUUCAAAUUAAUGUAUAUUGUGAUUGUGUAAUAUUGCCUUCUGCAUCAAAGAAGCAUUGACAUCCUAUUACCACAUGUAUAAAAGUUUUGGAUAUGAUUUGUCUAAAGUUGUCAGCCCUGAAUCAGAUCAAGGUUGAGAAGCCACUUCCGCGAGAGAACAAGAAGAAAAGGCUUGCCGGGAUGUGGGUGAGAUGAAUUGUUGAAGCUUUAGAGAAGCCCUGGAUCUUGUUAAGGAGGCCAUUAGCAGAAUUGGUUAUAAUGACAAAAUAAAAAUAGCUCUUGAUGUUGCUGCUAUAAAUUUUUGCAUAGUCAACUCUCAUGUUUCUGGAAAAGUGACUGGAGUGAAUGAAAGCUUAGUAGCUCUCCAGCUUUGGUAGCAUUCAUUGGAAAUUACAGUGAGUACUUUGGUAUAACAACUGGUGUUGAUGUUGUGGUUUACUAGAUGCUGGCUAAUGAUCUCAUUCAUGAACUCUUCCUAGCUCUUUCAUGGCCUUCCCAAAUAUAAUUGCAGAUAUGAUCAUCAUGAUUGAAAAUGAAAAAGCAUGAUCAUCAUGAUUGAUACCGCAUUAGAAUAAUGUUAUUAAUUUUUUGUUAUGUCUAUUUUUCUGAUUUAAAACAAAUAACAUUGUAAUGAGUUGGUAAUUUUAACUUUUAAUUUGACUUUCUGAUUUAACUUUCUAUUUAGUUCUUAACUGUUAAAUGAAUAGCAUAAAAUAGGAGAAAAGUCUCCAUAUUUUUAGAGAAGAAAAUAAAGCAAAAAAUAUCUCCAAAAAUUGUUGGAUAUAGUAUUUUAUCUAAUAUAAUUUGACUUUUUGUUCUACUGCAGUCAUUUGUUGGAUACAUGGAUGUGAUAUCUUUAUUCCUUAGAAAUAUGUGAUAAACUUGUGAUGAAAAUAUCUCCAAAAAUUGUUGGAUAUAGUAUUUUAUCUAAUAUAAUUUGACUUUUUGUUCUACUGCAGUCAUUUGUUGGAUACAUGGAUGUGAUAUCUCUAUUCCUUAGAAAUAUGUGAUAAACUUGUGAUGAAAAUAAUUUCAUUUUUAUUUUCAUCUUAAACUAGCAUUUUAUUUUAGUCAACAUGUUUGAACUGCGGCAUGUUUUUAAUAAAAGUGAGAAUGUUAAGGCAUCACUAUAUUGUUUGCGAAAAUGAUGGAUAUGAUAAUUACUAUGUUUUUUCUACAUGGUAAAUGUUGCUAUGUUUUAUGAUUGCUAUCUAAAAUUUUAAAUCUUAUUUGAUCUUUGUUAGUUUUAUUACAUUAUCAAAUUUUAUAUAUGUCAAUUUUUUUAACUUGAAAGAUUGUUUACUGAGUGUAAAGGUCAGGAAAGAGAUUAUUUUUUACUUCUGUUAUAUUAACUUUGCAGAUAAGCAAGGCAAUAGCUGGAGCAGACUGUAAAGACUUGAUGAGGAAACUUCCAAAAUUUGUGUACGAUGAAGAAAAAGCUUUGGAGAGUGUCUUUUGCAGGCACCCCUACGUCAUCACCGGAGCUUCAUCGGAGUAACAAGGCAUCCAUUCGUCAACCCAGCACCAGAGCAACCUAGCAGACUUGCGGAGUACAACUUGGUCCCCUAAGAACAAAAAGAAAACAUCAUACUCUAUAUCCUCUGAACCACUUUUUAACGAGGUAAAGAAACACGAGGAAGCAAAGGGUGACCAAACUUGUCAUCUAUGUCAGACAAAGAAUGUCAAAGAUAGAAAGCAUGGAACCUCCACCUUUUCGAACUUAUUAUAUGUAUAAUGUACACGUUGCAGCCAAAUUACGAAAUUCUGAUUUCAUCUUCACUGUUUCCUCAUCAAUUGUGGCAGUUGUUUGAACGAGGACUCAGAAGAAAUGGGAGCAAACAAAAGUGUCCACGUCGGAAGAUGUUCGAUUUUCUUCAAACUUACUGUUUUCUUAUUUGUCAUUUUCUUUCAGUAUCUAGUUGGUUAACAUUGCAUAUCAUUAAAUAUUAAUGUACCAAGUAAUUCAUGCAUUUUGUGCAUGGCAGCAAAGCUAGACGUUGGAGUUGAUUUCACUAGAAGACUGUAUAAUUCUCACAUGCAAAGGCUGUCUAGAGAUAUGUCGUGGCACAAGGGGCUGCAUGAUUCAGACCUAUUGCUCACGUAUAGGUACCAUAGACCUCGAGAUAUUGGUCCCCCCUCCCUCACCAUUAAGCAUUCAGUUUCACCUGAGGUAAGAAUCCAUGGAAUUCCCACGAACAAUUUUCGCCAUUCCCAAAGUCAAGGUGUAAGAUUGUCCAAGUUAUCGAUUGGGUUUGAUUAUGUUGACCCUUCUGAAUCUGGUUCGACCAAAGGCAAAGCAACAUGUGUAUACUUUAAGCGUUUUCACUUUUCACAUGAUGGAGGCCGCUCUAUAAGUACAGACCGAGAUGGUUUUCAACUGACUCGCAGUGGAACUCCAUCUGAUAACGUGAUAGUGGUUAGUCAAGAAUCUCGAUUUGAAGAUGAAAAGGAUAACGGUUUUACUAAUUUUAGUGUGCAAAUGGAACUAGGAACUGCAAUUUCACAAAACUUGUUGACCUACUAUCGGUUUGAAGUUACCGCUGCAAGAGGAAUCAAACUUGGACCAGCAUUGUUCUUCUCACGGAUGAGUAGUGGAACAGUUAAGGGAUCCUUUGCUCCAUAUCAAGCAUUUGCAGUCGGUGGACCCAGUAGUGUGAGAGGCUAUGGUGAAGGUGCCAUUGGUGUUGGACAAUCAUGUCUGCUAUCCACAACUGAAUUGUCAAUCCCAUUGAGCAAGAAACUAACAGGUGUUAUCUUCCUGGACUGUGGGUCUGACCUGUGGAGUGGUGAUAAAGUUCCAAAUAAUCCAGGAGAGAGACAUGGUAAGCCAGGAUUUGGGUUUGGAAUUGGGGGUGGCAUGCGAUUCAAAACCCCCUUGGCUCAGAUACAUGUUGAUUAUGCCAUUAAUGCCUUUCAAAAAGGAACUGCAUAUUUCGGAAUUAGAGAUCUGCUUCUAUGAAAGCUCACACUGCUUAAUGUGGCCAAAUUUUUUAGGCUUCUUCAUUUCUUUAAUUUGAAUAUGAAAGGUGAGUGAUAUAAAUAGUGGUGUGUAAAUCGGUUUAAACAAUUGGUGAACCGGUUUGAGUUAAAAAUAUUCAGUUUUUCUUUUAACUUGUAACUACAAUAAUUUUAUUAUUUUUCAUAUUUUUUUAAUUAUAAUUAUUUAUUA